CUGAAAUGUCCCUUUUGUCUAAGCUCAAGCCCACCCACCAACCGAAACCCCUCCUCAGAAUUUACAGUUUAAAAGCAGCACCUCUGCCUGUCCACUGCACAACCACUCCUCUCUAUCCAGAGCAGAGUAGCACCAUUCUUGAAACCAUCAUCGCCAUGCAUUCCAGCUUCAGAUCCUCAGUUGGGUCCUCGAUGGGUUCCUCCAUGGGUUCCUCCAUGGGAAGCUCACGGGCAUCCAUGAGUGUAGGGGGCAUGAGGUCCCUUGCCCAACGAGCUCCCAGCGUGCACGUUGGUGCUGGUGGUGGUGGGGUGCUCAUGUCCAGCGUCUCUAGCUCUGGAAGCUUUGGUUCUGGAGGCUAUGGCUCUGGGGGCUAUAGCUCUGGAGGCUUCAGCUCUGGAGGCUUCAGCUCUGGUGGAGGAGCAGGUGGCUUCAAUCUGGGAGAUGGCAUGAAUGUGUCCGUCAACGAGAAGGCCACCAUGCAGAACCUGAAUGACCGUCUGGCUACUUACCUGGACAAGGUGCGCUCACUGGAGAAGGCCAAUGCUGACCUUGAGCUGAAGAUCCGCCAGUUUUUGGAGAGCAAGACCACUCCCUCUGCUCGGGACACCUCUGCCUACGAAGCCACCAUAAAAGAUCUGCAGACUAAGAUCCAGGAUGCCACUCGAGUCAAUGGAGGCAUUUAUCUCAGCGUUGACAAUGCCAAGCUGGCUGCCGAUGACUUCAGAAUGAAGUAUGAGAAUGAGCUGGCCAUGAGGCAGUCUGUGGAAGCAGACAUUGCUGGUCUUAAGAGAGUCCUAGAUGAGCUGACAUUGAGCAGAUCAGACCUUGAGAUGCAGAUCGAGGGGCUGAAGGAAGAACUUAUCUUCCUUAAGAAGAACCACGAGGAGGAGCUCCUGGCCUUGAGGACUCAGAUGAGUGGUCAGGUGCAUGUGGAGGUGGAUGCUGCACCACAAGAAGACCUCAGCAAAGUUAUGGCAGAAAUCCGUGAGCAGUAUGAGGUGAUGGCAGCCAAGAACCAAAGAGAACUGGAAUCUUGGUUCCAUGCUAAGACAGAGACGCUGAACAAAGAAGUUGCCUCCAGCACAGAAGUUCUGCAUCAAUCGCAAAGUGAAAUCAAGGAAGUCAAGCGCACCCUGCAAAGUCUUGAAAUUGAGCUCCAGUCCCAGUUAAGCAUGAAAGCAUCCCUGGAAGGCACGCUGGCAGAAACUGAAGCCCGGUACGGUAGGCAGCUUGCUGGCUUCCAGAUGCAAGUAACCAGCCUGGAGGAGCAGCUGAUGCAGCUCCGUGCUGACUUGGAACGUCAACGGCAGGAGUACAAUGCGCUGCUGGACAUCAAGACACGCCUGGAGAUGGAGAUCGCAGAAUACAGAAGGCUGCUGGAUGGAGAGGCCACAAGCUGCUCAUCAACAACCACAACACGCAAGGUGGUGACAGUUGUGGAGGAGGUGGUGGACGGAAAGGUGGUGAGCUCCAGUUCCUCCGCCACCUCCAGUUCUUUAACCAAAUGAGAGAGCCAGCCAAAAAAAUAAAGCAAAAUCAAAUGCUGGACCUUA